AUGGGGCAAAUCGACUGCAGGCGGAUACACAGAUUUUCAUCGAACGAAAUAAGUUUUAUAAAUUCUGACUCUGGUUCCAUCGACGCGCACAAAAAACAGGGCGAAAAGGCAUCAAGCAUCGCCCAGAAGGCUGCCCAGGAAGCAAAAGCGGCUUCCGACGCCCAAAACAUCGCCGGCCAACAGGCUGCACAUCAGCUCCAAUACGGGGCCGAUACUACUCAACUCCAAGAUAUAAAAAAUUUGACAUUUCCGUGUAUGUUACAUAACGUUAAGGUGAAGGCUCAGCUGGCCGAGAAAGCGGUUCAGGCAGCUAAAGCGGCGGAAGCAGCCCUCUCGGGAAAAGAGGCGAUAGUGGAGCAGCUCAAGGGGGAGGUGAAGGAGGCAGAGUCGGUGGUGCGAGAGGAAGGUGUCUCAUUGCAGCAGACUCAGUCCAACGUCAAGUCGGCGAUGGAGGCGGCUCAGCAGUCGCGUAUUCAGCUGAAGACGCUCGCAUCGGCCGUUCGAACCGCAAAUGCCAACCUUGGAAACGCCGAAGCUGCGGCUCAGGGGGCUCGGCAAGCUUACAGCGAGAAGCAGCAGCUUCUCGACGCCGCCAAGCGGCGAGUCGACGAACUAUCGAAGCAGCUCCAGGCCGCGAAAAUCGACCUUGCCAACACCAAGCAGGCCGCCUUAAAAGCCAGCGCUGCUGCCCACGACGCUAAAGCCAACGCCAACAGGAACAGAAGACGCAUCGCGAACUGGAAAUCGUGGAGAAGCAGAAGAAGAUACGGCUGA